UCCUUCUUUAUGAUCAACCUGUGCCUCGUGGUCAUCGCCACCCAGUUCUCAGAGACCAAGCAGAGGGAGCACCAGCUGAUGCAGGAGCAGCGAGCACAGCGCUCGUCCUCCUCCACGCUCGCCAGUGAACCUGGGGACUGCUACGAGGAGCUCUUUCAGCUGGUUUGCCACUUUCUCCGCAAGGCCAGGAGACAAACUGUCACCCUUUUCAACACCUUGCGGGGGAAACCUCGUGGCUUUCGGGGUGUCGGUAGAGGUAGACUGGGUGGAGAAGGUAGGGAGAGAAAUGCCAACGGACGGGGAGGACGCGAGAGGAGGGCAGUGUUGAGGCACGGUCCUCCCUGUCCUUAUCAUAAUAAGCCCGAUCAUGCCUCACCUGCUGAUCCUAUGGCUCUCACCACCACCUCUGCCAGCGACAGCUGCCCUCAGUGUGCCACAGCCCUGUCACUCACUGAUGGUGUUGGCCCAGUUCAUGGUGCAGCCAGCGAGGAAGCAGAGGAGGGAUCUAUGGAGGAAACAGACAGGGAGCAGGUACAGUCUGCUGGUAAAGAGAAGGACAAGAAAGACCAGAACAACGCAGGGACCCAUUCUGAUUGUAAUCCUAAGAAGCAAUGCAAGAACCUAUGGCAUGAGAUAAGGCUGAAGCUGUGGGGCAUCGUGGAGAGUAAGUACUUCAACCGAGGCAUCAUGAUCGCCAUCCUGAUCAACACCAUCAGCAUGGGCAUCGAGCACCAUGAGCAGGUAUUUGUUGCAUGUGUUUUCUAAAUGAUUUUAAUCAACUUGUCCACUUCAUGGGAACAGCUGGGUGGGACAUUAUACAGUGAAAAGGGACACUUGGCAUUUUACAAGCUUUAUGUCUGAAAUAAACUGGAAUUGGUUGACUCAUGGUAAUUACAUGGGUGGCAUGGUGGGGCAGUGAUU